AUGGAUAUGUUUGCAGAAAAACCCUGGGGUAAGCGCCCUUAUUGGGGCAUUGGGUUUAACUACGACCAUCAAUGGGUGCUGACAGAUAAACAGAGGGAACUGCAGGCCAAGCUGAUGGAGCUGUGCCGAACGACAAUGCGACCAAAUGGCGUAAGAUAUGACGAGACAUAUGAAUUCCCAAGAGAAAACAUGGACGCCAUGGCGGAGCUGGGGCUGCUGGGAUUGAUUGUACCGAAGGACCUCGGCGGGCUGGGCGAGAACCACGUGUGUGCCGCCAUGGUGGUGGAGACUAUUGCUCGUUAUGGAUGUCCCAGUACUGCUAUGGUUUACUGUAUGCACGUUGGAGCAGUGGCUACUCUCCUAUUCCGUUACCAUAACAGCGAACUCAUCAAAAAUGUCCUCCAACGUUUGGACAAAGACAAGUUGGUGGGGACUGAGUCUUUUAGUGAUCCCGCUACGGGUGGACAUUUUUGGUACCCACUGUCCUCUAAGAACCGGUAUACCAAGGAUGGCAGGUUCCAGAUGUUAAAGUACGCCUCCUGGACAACCAGCGCCGGAUUUGCAGACUUCUACGUCGUCCAAACCACUAGCCCGGGCUUUGGCGGCGACUACUCCGACCUCUCCAUAUUUCUGCUUUUCAAGGUGGAUGACGAGGUUCGUGCACACGCUGACGACUGGAAAUCCCUAGGUCUCCGUGGUAACCAGUCUGGCGUACUUAUAGCAGAGGGCGUGCUUAGUCAAGACAGGCAGGUUGGAGAAAUCGGUAAUUCAGACAUUCAUCCUUGUGCGAAAUGGCAUAAUAAAAAUGCGGUUAAUCUCAAUCGGAUGAAUAAGUAA